UAGCUAGAAGUGGCAAAAACCCUAAUACUUAAAUCACGUCCUUUGCCGUUUUUGUCAUUGUUUUAAAAUCUGUUGUGUAAUUUCAUUCAUUUUGAAACAAUUGCAUAUUCUAUAUAAAAGUAUCAUUUGCCACUGCAGAUAAUGGAGUUGACGGCUUUGACUUUAAACUGCUGGGGCAUUGCUGGAGUUUCGAAAGAUCGCAAGAUUCGCAUAGAUGCAAUAGCAAACCAUCUGCAAUCAGGAUGUUAUGAUUUUGUGUUCUUGCAAGAGGUCUGGGUAGAAGAAGAUUUCCAACUGAUAGCCAACAAGGUGGUGAAUGUCAUGCCCUACAGUCACUACUUUCACAGUGGGGUCAUUGGUGGUGGAGUUUGUAUUCUCUCAAAAGCCAAGAUUGUGGAUGUUUACUUCCAUGCUUGGAGCCUUAAUGGGUACAUCCACAAAAUUCAGCAUGGGGACUGGUUUGGAGGGAAAGGUGUUGGUCUGUGCACAGUUAUUUACCAUGGUCUGAAAAUUAAUCUUUAUGUAACUCAUUUACAUGCAGAAUACAACCCGGCAAGUGAUGAAUACCAUGCCCACCGGGUAGUACAAGCCUUUGAAACAUCACAAAUGAUACGCUACACGCGGAACAAAGCUGACGUUUGUAUCCUUGGCGGUGAUUUAAAUACUGAGCCAGGAAGUCUUGCCUACCGACUUAUUUGCGACCAUACCUCAUUGCAAGAUUUGUAUCUUACCACUGGAAAGCCGGACUCUGAAGGUACGACUAGUGAAACACCAGCCAACUCGUAUACAGCGAUAGAAAGCCUGAAUACCUGUCCUAAUGGCAAACGCAUCGAUUUCAUCAUGGGUAGUUCAAGAGAAGGCCUACAUAUUGAGACAGUUAAUGUCAACAUUCCACUUCCAUCUCGCAUUCCUGGCUAUUCCUUUAGUUACUCAGACCAUGAAGCAGUUUGUGCCAAAUUUAGAAUUGUGGAAAACCAGCCUAAUGUUGCCGAUGAAAGCCGGAGCAAAGAAUUGUCCAUCUGGUCAUUGAAGGAAGCUUUACAGGUGUGUGAUUCUGCGCUUAGGAAUCUCUCCAAUGACAGACGGAACUAUUGGCUGGCCUUUGGUCUAUUUAUCGUUCUGUUAGCGACUCUUCCUUUUUCCCACGAUGGCUCACGCAUUGUUCACUACACCUUGACAGUCACCCAUUUGUUCAUGACUCUAGUCGCCGUUUUUUGCCUUAUCAUGGCCACCCUUUGGAACCGGAUCGAGUUACACGGCAUUCUGGCAGGGAAACUCGCCAUUAUGACUCGAUUAAAAUUCCUCGAAAAUUUAUAACACCAUAUUUGAUAACGUGAUAUUUUAUAGAAAUAAUUUAGC